AUGAAAGGAGUUUGGUGGAUUGUCGUGAUUGUGGCAUCGUUGGUGUGCCCAUUGGUAAUACACAAAACAAAGACACUCCGUUUCAACACAGUAACCUUCGACUUUGAAACUGCUACCCCAUUAGUCAUAGAAAACACAAAUGCACUCCGGUACAACCCAGUAACCUUCAACUUUGAAGGUGCUACAGAAGCUAGCUACUCGGAAUUUGUGAAUUCUCUGCGAAAUGAAGUCCAAAGCAAGGUGGUGCAAGGAUUACCAGUGACAGCGAAAACAGUACCAGAUUCCAAACGAUAUAUUUUGGUUGACCUCGAAAUUGAUAGUCAAAAGUUCAUCACACUAGCAAUAGAUGUCAUUGAUAUGUAUUUGGUGGGUUAUCGUGAUAAAUAUAACGGGAAAGAUCGUGCCAAUUUCCUUAAAGAUGCUCCCAAAGUUGCAAGAGAUAAUCUUUUUAAGGAAGCAACUAAAGCAAAACAGGUUAGAAACACAACAUUUAACGGCACCUAUACAGAUCUUGAACGUUUUGCCAAAUCUGGAAGAGAGAAGAUUGAAUUGGGAAUUCGCAAACUACAGAAAGCCAUCGAUGAGUUCUAUGGGAAAUCGGACGAGGAGAAAAAGUCCCAGGCGAAUAGUGAGGCCAAAUUUUUCAUUAUUUCUAUCCAAAUGGUUUCAGAGGCAGCAAGAUUCCAAUAUAUACUGAAUAAGGUACUCGAAGGAGGCAUAUACGGAAGUUAUAAGCCAGAUUUCAAAGCGACUUCCUUGGAGACCAGUUGGGAUAAGAUCUCUAAAGCUAUUCAAAAUGCUGAUGCUGCUUCUGGAGAAUUUCGCCCACCAACUAGUUCAGUUAGCUUACAGGACGAAAAGGGCAAAGCAUGGAUAGUUAAGAAAGUGAGUGACAUAAAGAGCGACAUGGGACUUUUGAAGGGCAAAGCAUCAUAG